AUGAAGAUUCUGUAUUGGAACAUUCGGGGUGUUAGGAAGGCAGCAGGGUUGUGCGCUUUACGUCUACUGGUGAAGGAGCAUGCCCCGGAUGUGUUAUGCUUGGCUGAACCCAUGGUUCAGGUAUGUAAAUUUCCUGUUAUUUUCUUUAGUCGGUUGGGGUAUGCUGUGGAUUUCAUUCAUAAUUUUCGGGAUGACAAAGUCCCAAAUUUAUGGAUUAUAUGGAAGUUGGGGGUUUCGAGACCAGUUGUUGCAGGUAUGUCUGAUCAAUAUAUAUCAGUCAUCUUUGAUUGGCCAGGUAGUAAAGUGGGUAUUUCUUUUGUACAUGCAAGUUCUUUUAAAAUUAUGCGUAGGCAAUUGUGGUUAGAUUUGGAGUUGUCGAUAUCAGCUUUGGUUCCGUGGUCUGUGAUGGGGGAUUUCAAUGCAACCCUGUUCUCGCAUGAGAAAAGAGGUCCUGGUAAGUUUAAUCUUGGAUCAGCUGCUGAAUUCCAGGCUAUGGUUGAUGCGUGUGAAUUGCUUUCUAUCCCUUCUCAGGGAAAGAAAUUCACUUGGACUAAUAAUCGUCGAAGGGGUCAUGCAGUUGCAGUGUUGGAUCGGAGUUUUUGUAAUGGGAAGUGGAUAGAGGUGUUUAGAAAUGUGAAGCAGCGUGUUUUGUUGUCUUCGGUAUCAGAUCAUGCCCCUUUAAUUGUUGUCUCUGAUGAUGUUCAAAGACCUACAAAUAUCCCCUUUAGAUUCCAUAGCUUUUGGAUGGAAAAUGAUCAAUUUAUCUCUGUGGUUGAGGAAGCUUGGAAAACUUCGAUAGGGGGUAAUCCAAUUUUCGUUCUGGCACAAAAAUUAAAGCAGGUCAAGGAGAAUUUAAAGGUUUGGGCGAGGGCCAAUUUUCCUAACCUGAAUGAUGAGGUCGAUAAAGCAAAGCUGGAAUUAAAGAAGGUUCAAGAUAUGAUAGAGGUGGCUGGGAUGAAUGAUGAAUUAUUUAACAGAGAGGCAGAUGCAAAAACAGUAUUAUUGAAGGCCAACCAAAUGUACGAGAAGUUGUGGGCUGAAAAAGCUAAACUGAGAUGGAUGAAAAAUGGAGAUUGUAACUCGAAGAUUUUUCAUCUCUCCGUGAAGCUUAGGAGGUUGAAAAAUCAGAUCACCUCCCUAAAAAAGGAAGAUGGAACUUGGGUUUCAGACCAACAGGGAAUAUCGUUUUAUGUCGCUGAUUUUUUUGAGAAAUUUCAUGAGGCUGAUGAAAUCACGGUUCAUAAUGACCUUCUUGAUAAUAUUCCCAGAGUGUUGGAGGAGGAGGACGUGGCAGGAUUGGAGAUUGUCCCGAGUGGGGACGAAAUAAAACAAGCUGUUUGGGAUUUAGAUCCUGUAAGCUCUCCAGGUCCUGAUGGGUUCCCAGGUAGUUUCUUCAGGCGAUGUUGGACUAUUGUUGAGGGUGAUUUUUGCAGGGCAGUGAAAAAAUUCUUUGAGGAAGGGCGGCUUCCUAAAGCAUGGCAAAUCAAACAUGGAAAUUCUCUAAUGAGUGUUUUCUUUCGUGCCCGUUUUCUGAAGAUUGAUGGUUCGCUGAAAACUACCUACCUUUCCUCUUCGAUAUGGCCUGGUCUUAAAAAGGUGUGGCGGUGGGUACAGUCUCAUGAGCAAUGGACUGUUGGGAAUGGUCAGAGGAUAAAUUUUUGGAAAGAUAGCUGGCUGGGAAAGAAGUCUAUUGAGGAGAUGUAUGGUUUGCAGUUAGAUAUCUUUGAUUCGAUGCAGGCAAAGGUUUCUGAUUUCAUUUGCCAAGAUGAGUGGAAUUUUCCCCAG